AUGUUCCCUACAAAGACCCUCUCGGCCGUAUUUGGCCUACUUGUAAACCUCUCAGCCGUUGUGGCCUCCUCACACGGGACCCCGAAGGGCCCUCGUGUCAAAUUGGACUACGCUACCUAUGUUGGUAAAUCCCUUAGAAAUGGCGUGGACCAGUUUCUUGGCAUGAGGUAUGCCGCAGCGCCUGUGGGAGACCUUCGGUGGCGAGCCCCAGCACCACCAGAAAAGCAGGGAGUUGAACUGGCACAAGAAUUCAAGAACUUCUGUAUCGGAACCAGCGAAAAAGAAGCAUCUGGAGUCGGCGAAGACUGUCUUUACGUCAACCUAUGGAAGCCCACCGAUGCUACACGCGAGUCAAAGCUACCAGUCUGGGUUUUUAUUCAAGGCGGAGGAUAUAACCAAAAUUGGAGCCCUAACUACAACGGCUCCGAGGUGGUUGAGACAUCAGGCCACAAUAUCAUCCAAAUAAAUUUCAACUAUCGUGUCGGUGUAUACGGCUUCUUUGCGGGUAAAGCUGUCGAAGAGUAUGGAGACCUGAACAACGGUCUUCGUGACCAGCUUACUUUACUUCAAUGGGUCCAGGAAAACAUUUGCGAGUUCGGUGGUGAUCCAGAACACGUUGUGAUCCACGGCAGCUCAGCCGGUGCUGGCUCUGUCGCACUGCAUCUCAUCUCGCCAAAACCUGCGACUGCAACGCUGUUCGCCGGCGGCAUCAUGGAAUCCGUCUUCGUCCCGCAACAACCCCGAAAGACUGAAUUAGAAUGGCAGUACGACCGCUUCGUUGAGCAGCUGGGCUGUGCUAGUGACACCGCAGAGCAGGAGAUGAUGUGUCUUCGUAGCAGAGAUACGAACGUAACCCAGGAAGCGAAUGUGCCCAGUCCAUUCCCCGAAUCAAGCGGAGCGCCGUUUUGGUACUGGGUCCCAGUCAUUGAUGGAGAUCUCAUCCCUGACGAGCCUCUGGAACUGUUCGCCCGAGGCGAGUUCACCAAGGUUCCCAUGAUUAUCGGUAAUAAUCAGAACGAGGGUGUCUUCUUCGUCCCCCAAGCUUCCACCGCCCAAGAAGUCAUCACCUUCAUGAACGACAAUUAUCCUCGCUUAACAAGCGACGACGAUGCAAAUAUUGCCGAAUAUUAUCCUCUCUCGGAUCCCGCGCCUCCUAACGCACCCUAUUUCGCGUCUGUCGAACAAGCCUACGGCGAAUCAACCCUCAUCUGCCCAGCCAUCUCCAUACUCGAAGCCAUCCGCAGCGCAGAUGCUGAACCUGCGUGGUCCUAUCGUAACCACAUAUACGAUGAUUUCUACGCUUCCAUUGGUUUUGGAACACCUCACGGCUAUGAAGAGGGUGCCAUAUUUGGCCCCAAUAACACGAAUAACCCAGGCCGGUACACAGCACCGGAGAGCUUUUACACCUAUAAUGCUCCACUGGUACCCGUAUUUAUGGAUUAUUGGAUAUCAUUUGUGCGCACCUUGUCACCGAACCCUUACCGGAGUGGUGACGCGCCAGAGUGGCAUCCAUGGAACGAAUCGCAAUCCAAGUUGCUGAUCGAGCUGGACAACUUGCACAUGGAGUCUGUUGGAGAAUCUCAGUUUGAGAGAUGUGAGUUUUGGGAAGGGAUCGACAGGUCCUUGAGUUCCGAAUAA